AUGAAUUUAUUACAACCACCAAAUUAAGACAAUGAAGAAACACCUAUAGUUGUCUAAUAUCAAGAGCUAAAUAAAAAUUAUACUAUAGGAAUUCCUAAAAAUAUGCUUGUUGCAGAUUUAGUAUUAGAACUGGCAGAGGUUGUUGAGAGAUAACCAUUGUCUUUGAUUUUAUACAAAGAUUAAUAACUUUUGGAUGUAAAUAAACAACUAUCAGCCUAUGAUAUUUAAGAUAAGGGAUAAGUGCUUGAAAGUUGCAAAAAUUGGUGGUUCUUGUAAUUGAAUGAAUAUUUUGAAAAUUUUGUAAAAGAUUAUUGUUAAAGGAAUUAUAAGCUUUAAAUGAGUGAUUAUAAUAUUUAAUAAAAUCAAUUAUUAAAAAGAUGUGCUAUUCUUAUUUACACAAAUUAAGUUUUCCAUUUUAAUUCCAAUAAAAUUUUUAUAUUUUUUAGAAGAUUGGAGAUUAGCAAUAAAUUAAAAGAGAUUAAUAUUAAUGAAUGA